UAAUCGGGGUCAUAUAUAUAUAUAAUCCAUAUAAUUACAGGUCACGUUUUAUUUGGUGCGAUAGAAAUAAGACAUAAUACUUUGGACAGACAUAAUGCGUGAGCCUUGCCUAUGUAGAAAUCGAACUAGAGCUAAAUAUAAAGGAGUGCCAAGUCGAACUCUACAUAGAAAUAUAUGUAAAUAUGCUUUCAAAAUUAUCGUCCAUAGUGGUACUACUAUUUUUUCUUCCUUCAUGGGCAACUUCAUCAGCAAAUUCAACAUCUGAAAGCUUUAUACUAUGUGUCUCAAUCAAUUCUCAGCUUUCAGUUCCAGUCGUCACAACCCUUUUCACACCAAACAGUUCUUCAUUCACUUCUGUUCUCGGAUCUACAGUUAGUAAUCUCAGGUUCUUAGAGCCCUCAGUUCCGAAACCCCUGUUCAUUUUUACUCCCAUCCAUGAUUCCCAUGUCCAAGCAGCUGUGAUUUGCUCAAAACAGCUAGGCCUUCAUCUUAGAGUUCGUAGUGGAGGCCACGACUAUGAAGGAGUUUCCUUCGUCUCCCAGAUCGAAACUCCAUUCAUUGUCAUAGAUCUGAUCAACCUUCGACUCGUCGAUGUUGAUGUUGAAGAUAGCUCUGCAUGGGUUCAAGCUGGCGCCACCAUUGGAGAACUUUACUACAGAAUUUCUCAGAAAAGCAAAGUCCAUGGCUUCCCGGCCGGGAUUUGUCCGAGUGUGGGAAUCGGCGGGCACAUAACUGGUGGAGCUUAUGGUGCUAUGAUGAGAAAAUAUGGCCUGGCAGCAGAUAAUGUUAUUGACGCUAGAAUCGUGGAUGGUAACGGUCAAAUUCUUGAUAGAGAAAAAAUGGGAGAAGACUUGUUCUGGGCAAUUAGUGGUGGUGGUGGAGGAAGCUUUGGAAUCAUUCUAUGGUGGAAGAUUAGGCUUGUACCGGUGCCUGAAACAGUGACACAUUUUAAGAUUGGAAAGACAUUGGAACAAGGCGCCACGAAGCUCGUCUAUAGGUGGCAGCAAGUUAUGGAUAAGCUUGAUGAAGAUCUCUUCAUGAACGUUAUUUUUAAGGUAACUAAUUCAGGCAACAGUACUAAUCAGAGAACACUCAGGAUUAGUUACAAUGCACUAUUUCUUGGGGACUGUGAUAGACUCCUUAAAGUUCUUGAAAAAGGUUUCCCUGAAUUGGGUUUGGAGCGAGAGAAUUGCAUGGAAAUGAGCUGGGUUGAAUCAGUUUCUUACGAAUACGCAGAAGGAAAGCCGGUCGAGAGCCUUCUCGAGGUGAAAACUACACCAAGAACACACUUCAAAGCCAAAUCAGACUUUGUAACAGUUCCCAUACCUGUAAAAGCCCUCGAGGGACUGUGGACAAGGAUGUUGAAAGAAGGGAAUCAAACUAUGGUUUGGACUCCGUUUGGAGGAAUGAUGAGUAAGAUUUCGGAAUCGAAAAUUCCAUAUCCUCAUAGAAAGGGGGUCCUUUUCAUGAGUCAGUAUGUAAUUAGCUGGGGAGAUGGAGAAAAAGAUCCAGAAAAGCACAUUGAUUGGAUUAGGGAGUUGUAUGAGUACAUGACUCCUUAUGUUUCCAACUCUCCAAGACAAGCUUAUGUCAAUUACAGAGAUCUUGAUUUGGGGAUUAAUAAGAAGAAGAACACCAACUUAUUAACUUGGGCAAGUAGUGAUCAUUGGGGUGUAAAGUAUUUCAAAAAGGAUAACUUUAAGAGAUUGGUGCAAGUAAAGAGCGAAGUUGACCCUGAUAACUUUUUCAGACAUGAACAGAGUAUUCCACCUUUAAAUUACUAGUGAAGUUGAGAAGAUAAUUAUGAAUUUUUCUCACUUGUAUUUGAUUACGCAACGUGUGUUGUGAUUGCCUUGUUAAUCAUCAUUGUUUUUAUGUUAAUUUUCUCACAAGCAGUGAAUUUUUCCUUUUCUUUCUUA